GUUGCAAGGCUAUUUGGGCCAUCCAUAUUUGAAGCAUCAAAGCUGAAGGUUCUGUUUUUAGGAGUGGAUGAGCAGAAGCACCCAGGGAAGCUUCCAAGAACUUACACCCUUACUCACAGUGAUAUCACCUCAAAACUCACUCUGGCAAUUUCACAGACAAUAGACAACUCUCAGUUGCAAGGGUGGUACAACAAGUUACAGAGAGAUGAAGUUGUGGCCGAGUGGAAGAAAGUUAAGGACAAUAUGUCUCUUCAUGUUCACUGCCACAUAAGUGGAGGUCAUUUCCUUCUAGAUCUGUUUGCAAGGCUGAGAUACUUCAUCUUCUGCAAAGAACUUCCUGUUGUUUUGAAGGCCUUUGUUCAUGGGGAUGGCAAUCUGUUCAGCAACUACCCAGAAUUGCAGGAGGCUUCGGUUUGGGUUUACUUCCACUCAAGCAUUCCAGAAUUCAACAAGGUGGAAUGUUGGGGCCCACUCAGUGAUGCAGCAGCACCUUAUAGAAGUACGCCAGGUGGGGCCCUCGAGGAAAACGAGAAGGAAACUUCUCCAAGCAACUGGGACUUGCCAGCGCCAUGCCAAGAAGAGUGUAACUGUUGCUUCCCACCAUUGAGUUUGGUUCCAUGGCCCCAAGAGCUUCCCCAUGUAAAUGAAACUAGAUAUGGGCCCCAGCAGAGCUUUGACGGCCAAACCCAAGAAACAAACUAAAAAAAAUUCCUUAGUUUGUUUGAUUUGAUGUAAAUAGAAACAUAUUUGUUCCUUUUGGCUUUCUGGAAGGUCUUUUGUUUUAGGAAGUCAGAUUUAUUCAUGGCCAGACCAAAUCCCAUUCAAGAACUGUGAAUCAGUGAA